AGGGAGCCAUUUAAGCGACCUGUGUUAUUUCCUUCACAUACAUAGAGAAUUUCCCAUAAAAACCAGUGCGUGAAUAACUUAUUUUCUCCACGGAUUGGAAGCCCACCGUUUGGAAAACUACUCAGAAGAGAUGAGGUAAAUUUUGCGCUAAAACUUACUUUUACAUUACAAGGAAAAGAGCAAGUUUUCUUCUUCUCCUUGAAUUUCGCCGAAAAUCAAGGGCUUUAUCUGAUACUUCGGGCAUGCAAGGUCAUUUCUCAUGAAAAGGUGAAAAGGCACGUGAAAUCCGGAUCUCCACGGAUCACUCAGCAGUAAACCCUGGGCGAUGCUGCUCAGAGGAUUUGUGUGGGAUCCAACUUUUGGGGGUAAAAGAAACACAAAGGCUCCUCCCCCGAGGGGCGGGGCGGUGCCUGACGAUGCACCAAUCACAGCGCGCCGUGCUCUAUAUAAGGCCUUGAGGCUCCCCCUCCAUCCCUACCGUACUGCACAUUACGCUUUGCCUGGUACGUUACUUCUGUGUUUCUUUCUCCGUGACAUGUCGGAGACGGUUCCUGUGGCCACAGCUGACACGGCCCCGGCCCCCGUGGAGAAUCCUCCAGCUAAGAGGAGGGGGAGAAAGCCGAUGGGCAUGCCAGGCUCAAGUCGCAAGACCCCGAGCCUUUCUGUGUCCAAGCUGAUCACGGAGGCUCUCGCGGUGUCCCAGGAGCGAGCUGGCAUGUCCCUGGCCGCCCUCAAGAAGGCGCUGGCGGCCGCCGGCUACGACGUGGGGAAGAACAACAACCGAAUCAAGCUGGGCCUCAAGAGCCUGGUGAGCAAGGGCACCCUGGUGCAGAUCAAGGGCACCGGCGCCUCGGGCUCCUUCAAGCUCAACAAGAAGGCCAUUCCUGAACCCCGCAAGAGCAAGGUCAAAAGGCCCACUUCUGCCAAGGCGAAGAAGCUGAUAUCCAAGGAUUCGAAGUCCCCGAAAAGUGCCAAGACCACCCAGAAGGCCAAGAAGCCUCGGGCAGCAACAGCCCCGAAAGCACCCCGAGGCAGCAGGAAGGCUAAAGGAGGCCGGGGCAGGCGGCCGGCGCAGAGCCCAGGAAAGGCCCGAGCAGGGGAGCCCAAGGCUGGGAAGGCCAAGGUCACCCAGCAGAAAACCAGCACCAGGAAGGUGGCGUUCAAGAAGUAAACCGAAGGCUCAUUCUCAAAGAACCCAAAGGCUCUUUUAAGAGCCACCCCAAAUACUUUAAAAAGGGCUCGGCACUGGAAGCUUAGAAGUUCGUAAAUAGGUCACCGUACGGUGUACUAAGCAAGUUUCAUUGUAAGAUGUGGAAAAUUUCGUCAGAUGUGUCGCCCAAUACGGAUUCCAGUAUUUGAAAUUUUUUCCUGUGUUGCCUGGUCCCAAAGAGCUUAAAUGUUUCUAGUUACAA